GUUGCACAGAGAAAACAGGUACCUAACCAACCGUAUAUUUCUGUUUACCAAUGGACUGACAUCAGCCAGCAGACAUGCUGAAAGAUUUUCCCAGAGAAGCCCUGAUGCGGCCUUUGUCCAGGAAUGAAGUGCUUGGCUUGUUAAUCAGGCUGACCAUCUUUGGUGCAGCCACAUACUACAGCAUCAAAUGGGUGGUAGAAGCAAUGGACCCCACCUCUAAACAGAAGAGUCAAGCUAAGAAAAGGGCAGAGCAGCUGAUGAAGAGAAUAGGUGUAGAGGGGGUCAAACUGACAGACUAUGAGAUGAACAUCGCGUCUCACCUUGUUGAUCCGCAGACUAUAAAGGUGUCCUGGAGAGAUAUUGCAGGUCUGGAUGAGAUCAUCAGCGAGAUUCAAGACACAGUUAUACUACCCUUUCAGAAAAGACACCUUUUACCAGAAUCUAAACUCUUCCAGCCUCCUAAAGGUGUGUUACUGUUUGGUCCUCCGGGAUGCGGGAAGACUAUGAUUGCCAAGGCAACAGCUAAAGCCUCAGGAUGCAAGUUUAUCAACCUCCAGGCCUCUACGCUGACAGACAUGUGGUAUGGUGAAUCCCAGAAACUGACUGCCGCAGUCUUCUCUUUAGCUGUCAAAAUUCAGCCUUGUAUCAUCUUCAUUGAUGAGAUCGAGUCAUUUUUGAGAAAUCGAUCCAGUCUGGAUCACGAGGCCACAGCCAUGAUGAAGGCCCAGUUCAUGAGUCUGUGGGAUGGCCUGGACACCUCUGCCACCACCCAGGUGAUGGUGAUGGGAGCUACAAACAGGCCGCAGGACGUGGAUCCAGCAAUCCUGCGGAGGAUGCCCGCUACGUUUUAUGUUGGCCUGCCAAACUCGAGGCAAAGAGAAGACAUCCUGAGGCUCAUUCUAGCAGGAGAAAAUCUGAGUAAUGCUAUUAACCUGAAGGAGAUUGCUGAGAGGACAGAAAGUUACUCCGGCAGUGACCUCCGAGAGCUUUGCCGCGACGCUGCCAUGUACCGGGUCCGGGACUACGUCCGCAAGGAGCAGAUGAGGCAGAUUGUGCAACAGCUGCAGGGCUACCAGGAGGAGGAACGGCCUGUGGACGAGGAGCGGUUGCGGCCGGUCACCCAGCUGGACCUCCUCUUCGGCCUGGACAAGAUGCAGGAGUCCAAGCAGGCCACGGCCUCCGUGCUGCCCAGCGUAUCAGAGGUUCCUCUGGACUGAACGCUGUGCGCGCCCCACUGACAGCAAACACGCUCUUCACCUUUCUGCGCACCGUUUGUUCCAACUCCGCUAGCAUAGACCGGCAUACCAAGAGGUGUCGUUAAUCCAAGCUGCAUCCAUACUGUUCUUUGAUU